AUGUCCGGAACAGUCGAGUCUGUCACCACCCUGCCGGCCGUCAAGCGUUACAUAGCAACACAUGAUGCUCACGGCAAGAGCGUGUAUUUCGAUUCACCUCCACAGCAAUAUUACCCCGUCCCGGGUGCUGGUGGACUCGCCCGCUCUUACUCGGUGGCCACUGUCCCAUCAAAGUUGGAGAACGACGAGGAUCUCAAAGCGUACCUAGGGAAGGAAGGUCCUGCCAGCUGGACGUCACCGAACAUUGUCACUCCAGGAGGUGCCAACCUGCUCAUCGUGGAUCUGUCCCCGGGAGGAAAGAGUUUCAUGCACCAAACUGUUUCGAUUGACUUCUCGGUCUGUGUUGUUGGAGAGAUCGACCACGAGUUGGAUAACGGCGAGAAGGUUCGACUGCGCCCAGGAGACCACAUUGUCCAGCGGGGCACAAUGCACCGAUGGCACAAUGCGUCAAGUACUGCACCGGCGCGGCUUGUGGUCACAACUCUCUCUUGCCUGCCAUUUGACAUUGCCGGCAAACAGCUGGAGGAGAUUCAUCUUCCGAACGAGCAAUAG